AUGGCCGAUCGUCGUCGUACCAAUGCGCCUGCAGGCAGCACAUCUGCGCCCAUCUUUGUUUCCUCCACAGAAUCCACAUCAUCGCAACGACCAACUCGCCAAAGAUCCUCUUCUACGCCUCGUAAAAUCUUCCUACAGACAGGCCUUGUGCCAUCUGCUUCUGGAUCAGCCUAUUUCGAACUUCAUCCUUCCACCGAUGCCGCAAGGACAACUCUCGUAGCUCAAAGCGGCACUCUCAAACUUACUUGCACUGUUCACGGUCCGCGACCACUUCCUCGCACCGCCGCUUUCAGCCCGAAUCUACUUCUCAGCACACACGUCAAGUUCGCACCGUUUGCAAGUCGCCAAAGAAGAGGUUAUCUUCGCGAUACUGCAGAGAGAGACCUUGGACUGCAUCUUGAAACAGCACUACGAGGUGUGGUGAUUGGCGAGCGCUGGCCCAAAUCUGCCGCCGAAGUCGUCAUUACAGUUCUGGAGAGUGAAGAGGAUGACUGGUGGCGUGAUGAUGAUGCCAGCAAGAAGAACAUUGGAGGUGUAGGCUUGAUGAAUGUGCUGGCUGGUUGUGUCACUGCUGCAAGUGCUGCUCUCGUGGAUGCCGGAAUUGACUGCGUGGAUCUUAUUUCUGGUGGUGUCGCAGCAGUCACUGGCGAAGGAAAUGGAGAACUGGUACUGGAUCCUUGCCCGAGCGAACACAAUGAUCUGCGUGCGGCAGCUGUAGUCGCGCAUCUUCAGUCAAGAGACGAACUCACAGAAUUGUGGGUCAAGGGCGAUGCUGGAGAAGGUUUCGAGACACUCGUCGAUCGUGCUGUGGAUGCAGCAGGUUUAUCGAGAAGUGUGCUCGCCGAGGCUGUCAGAGAGGCUGCCGAGGUCAAGACUAGUCCACAGGAUAUGGAUACUGGCAAGCAGGAGGUGGUCAAGGCUACCGAUGUCGACAUGACAGGAUGA